UGUAUACAAAUAUAAUCAUGUAUUAUUGUACUUGUAUGUUUUUUAGAUUAUUGAAUUAUUAUAAAUAUUAUGAGCUAAUAUGUUAUAUGGAAUGGAAUUUGGAAUCAUAAUGCAUACAAUUUGCUCUUUUUUGUUCUGAUUUUUUCAUCCAAACUUUUUAUUUUUACAGGAUAUAUAGCUCACAAUUCACAAAGAAAAGGGGGGCCAGUAAUUUGUUUCAGCAUCAAAUUAUUCCAAAUCAAAUAAACGACAUGGGAAUAAGUUAUCCAGCUUUUUCAUGUUACUAUACACUUUGAUAUUAUAACUUAUAAAUAAACAGAUAGAUAUAGCUAGAAUUGAUAUUUUCUAACAAGAUUUGAUUUUUUUUUUUUAAAGAAUAAAAUUAUAUUGUAUACUCAAGAGUUCAAUGAUGGCAACAUACUUUCAUGGAGGUCCAGAAAUCCAAGCAGCAGCAGCAGGAGAUCAUAACCUUCAAACACUUUACCUAAUGAACCCUAACUUUAUAACCACUGCUUAUUCUGAAGGCCAAACUCCUCCUAACAUGCUCUUUCUCAACCCUGCCAACUCGCUCUCUCAGGGUAACCUCCCUCACGCGCCCCCACCGCAGCAGCAGCAGUUUAUCGGGAUCCCGCUUAGUUGUUCCAGUGGCCCUCACCCUUCUCAGGAUCAUGGCCGUCCAUCACCAACCUCCUCAGGCUCCCAACAUCAGAUCCCUGCUGCUUUGCAUGGGUUAUCAGUAUCUAGAGUCCAUCCCAACCUCUGGAGCCCGGCAGCUAACCCGGGUUCUAAUCAGCCUGGCCCAGACAUGGCGGACCAGAUGGGGUUCCGCAGGCCCAUGGCUGCUCAACAUCAGGGUCUAUCCUUGAGCCUCUCUCCAGGUCAGCAGCAGCAGAAUCAAGGUCAGCAGGUGACAGUAGCUGGAGUAGGAGGGUCAUCGGCGGCCUCGAAUGGUGUGAUAAUUGGAUCCAAGUACUUGAAACCGGCCCAGGAGUUGCUUGAGGAAGUGGUGAAUGUUGGAAGUAAUAAUAGUACGAACUUCAAUGAUAAGGCCAAUAGUGGGGGUGAUAAUACUACUACUAAUAAUAAUAAUAAUAAUAAUAAUGGUGACAACCGCAUUGGGGACUCAAGUGGGGCCCACAAGGAUAAGGCGAAAGCGGCUGCCAGAGAUCAUUCAAGUGUCGGCGAGGGUACGAGUCGUGGUGGUAGUGGUGGUGGGGAGAGUAGUAGUGGGGGUACUAAGAAGGCGGCAGCAGCAGAGAUAUCUACUGCUCAGAGACAAGAACUACAGAUGAAGAAGGCCAAGUUGCUCAACAUGUUGGAUGAGGUGGAGCAAAGAUACAGGCAAUAUAACAGCCAGAUACAAGUAGUGGUAUCAUCCUUUGAGCAGGCAGCAGGAAUUGGAUCAGCAAAACUGUACACAUCUCUAGCCUUGAAGACCAUUUCAAAACAAUUCAGAUGUCUUAAAGACGCGAUUAUGUCUCAAAUCAAGGCCACAAGUAAGAGCUUAGGUGAAGAGGAAAGAAAUAGUAAUGCUCUAGGGGUGAAGCUCGAGGGAGGAGCCGGUUCGAGGCUGAGAUUUGUUGAUCACCAGCUAAGGCAGCAGCGUGCCUUACAGCAGCUAGGUAUGAUGCAACACAACGCUUGGCGUCCUCAGCGAGGCUUGCCUGAGCGUGCUGUCUCCGUUCUUCGUGCUUGGCUCUUCGAACACUUCCUUCACCCGUACCCGAAGGAUUCAGAUAAACACAUGUUGGCUAAACAGACAGGGCUUACAAGAAGUCAGGUGUCAAAUUGGUUUAUUAAUGCUCGUGUCCGCCUAUGGAAGCCAAUGGUGGAGGAAAUGUACUUGGAGGAGGUGAAGACACAAGAGCAAAACAGUGGUAAUUCGGAGGACAACACUACAAACGCGAACAAAAAUGGCAAGUCAUCAAAGAAUGAUGAUCACACCACAAGUAAAGAAACAGGAGCGGGACAACAACAUGAACAACAAGAUCACGGAGGUGCAGUGAUCCAACCCCACCAACAACAGGCUGACCACACCACCAACGACAUGAUAUCCAACUUAUCAGCAAUGUCGGCGACCUCAUCCCAAGGCUUUACUCUAAUUGGGUCAUCCUCAGACAUGGAGUCUCUUAUGGCGCGAAGCCCAAAGAAACAAAGAAGCAACUCUGACAUACAAAACUCCCCAAGUAGCAUCCUUUCCAUGGACAUGGAAAUGAAACCGGUUGAUCAUCAUCAGAGACACUCAUUCCUGAUGGCUAAUCAUGGGGAUGCCGCCGCACCCACUGGAUUCAACCCUUACCUAGUGAAUGACAUGACUGGGAGGUUUAACCCGGACCAAAUGACCGCGCACCCAUACCAUGGGAACGCGGUCUCCCUUACCCUAGGCCUUCCUCAUUGUGAGAGCCUAUCACUUGGGAAUCAUCAGCAGAAUUUCCUUCCAAACCAAUUGGGAAGGCGGCUCGAUAUCGGAACUGGAGAGGCUGAUUUUUGUGGGAUUAGCAUGGCUCAACCUUCUCACCCUAACAAUGGGUAUGAAAGCAUUGACAUUCAAAAUCGUAAGAGGUUUGCUGCUCAUCAACUCUUACAUGAUUUCGUUGCUUGACGAUAUAUAUACUUUGGAUUUCCUAUGUAACACCCAAAAAAAAAAAAAAAAAAAAAAAAAAAAAAAAAAAAAAAAAAUCCAAGCAUAAUUAAAGCCGGCCCUCAUGAUACAUGCAUCUAUCUUUACUUUUUUUUUUUAUUCUUGAUGAAGAAAAAGUAAUUCAAAAAAAAGGAUAAGCAGAUUUAAACAAAGGAGAUUUGGUAUAGGUUUAUACUUAGGAUUUAAGUAUAUUAUUAUUCUUGGUACGUAAGUAUGUAGCUUAUAGGAGAAGUAGGGAUUGUUAAUGCAUAUGCAAUUGGAAUAGGUGGAUAUCGAAUUAUCGAUGAUGAUUAUAUAUGUUGUAAGGGUUCGUAGACACAAUAAACUUGAAUUUGUAUAUAUGAUGGGUUGUAUAAUAUAUAAUUUUGGUGAA